GAGAAGAGAGAGGGGGGAAAGAUUACUGGAAGGUAGGUGCGAUGGUGGAUUGGAUUUCCGAGACGAUCAACGGCGGAUCCCUACGCCUUGUCGACCUUCAGACGGGGAUAAAUGGUUGGGCCUCGCCGCCGGGGGACCUCUUUGCUCUCCGUUCCAAGAACUACUUGGCGAAACGGCAAAAAUCUCCGUCUGGAGAUUACCUGCUUUCUCCCGCCGGUGUUGAUUGGCUGAAAUCUAGUACCAAGCUUGACAACGUCCUUGCUCGCCCUGACAAUCGCGUCGCGCAAGCGUUGAGGAGAGCGCAAGCCGUCGGUAAGUCGAUGAAGAGUUUCAUUAUUGCGGUUAACAUUCAAGUACCUGGGAAGGAUCAGUACAGUGCCGUGUUCUACUUUGCUACUGAAGAUCCGAUUCCAUCUGGCUCGCUUCUUCACCGUUUCAUUAAUGGCGAUGAUUUAUUCAGAAAUCAACGGUUGAAAUUGGUGAAUCGGAUCGUGAAAGGGCCAUGGAUUGUUAAGAAAGCAGUAGGAAAUUACAGUGCGUGUUUGUUAGGGAAGGCAUUGACGUGCAAUUACCACAGAGGACCUAAUUAUUUGGAGAUUGAUGUAGAUAUGGGGAGCUCAGCGUUAGCCAGUGCGAUUUUGCAUCUCGCGCUUGGAUACGUUACCAACGUAACAGUAGAUAUGGGGUUUCUGGUGGAGGGGCAGACGGAGGAGGAGUUGCCGGAAAGGCUGUUUGGCGCCGUCCGGAUUUGCCAGAUGGAGAUGUCGUCGGCGACUAUAGUAGACGCGCCGACACUGGCGCGUGGAUUAUCAUGUGCCAAGGUGAAUCACCACAAACCUGGCGACGACGACAACUGAUUCGAUUCGAUUAGCGUGUGACUGAGGACAAAAAGUUAUGGGAAGAUUCUCUACUGUGAAGCCGACUUCUAAAUUACAGAUAGCAUUGAAUGCUGUAUAUACCUAUAGACAUACAUAUCUAUAUA